AUGGAGACGUCAACGCCGUCGUCUUCCCUAUCGGAAAAUAAAUUUUCCAAGAGAGGUUCGAAGAAAUCCGGUGCUCCCCAAGCCAAUUCUGGUAGCGUGUGUGUUCACGCGCCGCCGUCUCUUAGUUGCUUUGACUGUUAUAUGAGUUACUGGAACCGAUGGAACUCGUCGCCGAAUGGCGAGCUGAUUCAUCAGGCCAUUGAGGCUUUCGAAGAGCAAUUGGCCAACGGAGAAAAAUCCGGCAAGAACGUCAAAGGCAAGAGGAAGGACAAAAUCGGCCGCCGAUCAUCGGAGAAGGCUGUCGAUGUUGCUCCUCUGUCGCCGCCGCCGUUGCCUGAAGUUCUUCCGUUGGCGAUUGAUGACGGUUCUGUGGCUCCAGCGACGUCUGUGAGUGGCGGUGUUGAAGCGACAGAGGGAAGCGGAGAACUGCCACGGACUGAGGCGCGGGCUGCGCUGGUGGUUGUCCCUUCGUCGCCGCCGAGCAACCACAAGGGUUUGGCCCGGAAGGUAUGGCCGGACGUGUUAGGGUUAUUUAAUUCUCGUCUAUGGAGUCUUUGGGGUCCAAAUUAG